AUGGAUCCAAAUGACAAGAGGGAAGCGACUGUAGCCAGUCCAACCGAAGCGGACAGGCAGUAUACAGCAGAUGCAGCCACUCUAGAGCAGCUUGGGCGAGAGCGACCGGCAAUUUUCACGAAUCAAUGGGUAGAAUUAGGGUUUUGCUUCUCGCUGUUGGCUUCAAUGAUGCUAGCAGAAUAUUUUAUCAGCGGAUUCAACUCCAUCCUGCCCGUCCUGGCAACGGAGUUGAACAUUCCUACAGAAUCAAAGACAUGGCCGGCGAGCGUGUUCUCUUUGGUCACCGGGGCCUUUCUCCUACCGUUCGCUCGCCUAGCCGACAUGUUUGGCGCCCACCUGGUCUUCAAUUUCGGAAUUCUAUGGUUCAUGAUCUGGUCUCUUGUUGCUGGGUGGAGCCAAAACUACAUGAUGUUGAUCUUCUGUCGUGCCCUGCAAGGACUAGGGCCUGCUGCCUACUUGCCCGCCGGUAUUAUGCUGUUGGGAACCAUCUACCGUCCCGGUCCGCGGAAGAAUAUGGUCUUCAGUCUGUAUGGCGCAUUCUCGCCGAUCGGAUUCUACUCAGGUAUCUGUGUCAGUGGCGUGAGUGGACACUACCUCACCUGGAGAUGGUACUUCUGGAUAGGAGCCAUUAUGCUGUUGACCAUCUUCGUGGUAUCGACGCUCUCUUUGCCGCCCAUCAAGCUGUCAGAGCAUAGCACCAUGGACUGGUGGGGAUGUCUCACGAUCGUACCUGGCAUUCUUUUAGUAGUGUACUCCGUGACCGAUAGUUCACAUGCGCCCAACGGUUGGAAGAGCCCCUAUAUCAUCGUCACCUUCAUCCUUGGCAUCGCUCUGCUCGGUGGCGCAUUUUAUGUGGAAGGUUGGGUAGCUCCAGUGCCCCUCUUGCCGUUUGACUUGUUCAAAGUCAAGUCGAUGACUCCGCUUUUCGUAUCAUUGCUCUUUACAUAUGGCAUAUUCGGGAUCUACCUAUUCUACGCUAGCUUCUACAUCGAAACUAUUCUGGGAGAGAACUCGUUGACUACUGCCGUUUGGUUUGCUCCAAUGGCCGCUGGUGGUCUCAUUCUGGCCACCACGAGCGGCUUCACGUUGCAUCUCUUGCCAGGCAAGCUCCUAAUGAUAAUCGGGACUGCCGGAAAUUUAGUAUGCGUGCUGCUGUUCGCAAUAAUUCCGGAUAACCCCAGCUAUUGGGCAUAUAUCUUCCCUGCUAUGAUCGGCGCUACCGUCGGGGUCGACAUCACCUAUAGCGUCAGCAACGUCUUCAUCACCACAAACUUGCCCAAGCACCGACAGGGGGUUGCGGGGGCCGUAAUAAAUACUAUUGUCUUCGUGGGAAUCAGUUUUUUCUUGGGAGUGACCGAUCUUGCGGUCGCUCAGACCGAGUAUCUUGGUCUGAAGGGAAGUUACAAGGUUGCAUUUUGGUUCGGAGUUGCCUGUGCUGGUGUCGCUUUCAUCUUUCUCAUGUUCGUCAAGGUUGGGAAGGCCGGGAGUGAUUUAACUGUGGAAGAAAGAGAACAACUGCAAGAGUCUACCGCAGACUUGGAGAGAGGCAUGUUGCGUGACUAG